AUUAAAUAAAAAAUAAUUUAAAAAUAUAAAAAAAUGAAGAGUGAUACAUUGGGACAGGAGGGGAGACCUACUCAAUUAUAUGAGUACAUAUAAAUUAUUUCGAAUAGUAUCUCGAAAGAAGUAAAGAAUUCAAAUAUCUCCAAAAUUAUCUAUCCGCAAAUGAAAACCCCAAACGUGGCCCUAUGCGAACCCACCAAUUACUCAUCACUCCCAUUUUAUAGGCCCCUCUUUGUUUCGUCGCGGAAUAUUCAUUUCCACUCUCACUCUUCCACAAAAUGAAGCCUCCGCCAAACACGCCCUUACUCUCUCUCUACUUCAUCACUCUGUCUCUCCUCAUCCUCCUCUUCCCCUCCUCCUCCGCCGUCUCCUCCGACGGCCAGGAGACCUUCAUCGUCCACGUCUCCCACUCUCACAAGCCCCUCACCUUCUCCUCCCAUCGCCACUGGUACUCUAGCAUCCUCCGCUCCCUUCCGCCGCACCGCCGCCCCGCCAGGAUCCUCUACACCUACGACCGCGCCGUGCGCGGAUUCUCCGCGCGUCUCUCCGCCGAGCAGGCCGCCUCCUUACGCGGCGUCCCCGGCAUCGUCUCCGUCGUCCCCGACGCAGUUCGUCAUGUUCACACUACUCGAACCCCCAAUUUUCUAGGUCUCGCCGAUUCGUUCGGUUUGUGGCCGAAUUCUGACUACGCAGACGAUGUCAUCGUGGGAGUUUUGGACACCGGUAUCUGGCCGGAGAGGGAGAGCUUCUCUGAUGAAGGCCUCGGCCCCGUUCCGGCGCGUUGGAAGGGGAAAUGCGCAGAUUAUCCCGACUUCCCGGCUACGUUGUGCAAUAGGAAGAUUAUUGGCGCGAGAGCGUAUUAUUUAGGGCACGAAACUUCUCGAGGCGAAACGACGGAGGAAUCGAAUGAAUCGAAGUCUCCGAGGGAUACGGAAGGCCACGGCACGCACACAGCAUCGACUGCCGCCGGAGCGGCAGUGAAGAACGCGAGCCUGCUCGGAUAUGCGAAGGGUGAAGCUAGAGGCAUGGCUGUGAAGGCGAGGAUUGCGGUCUACAAAAUCUGCUGGACUUUUGGAUGCUACGAUUCGGACAUUUUAGCUGCGUUUGAGCAAGCAAUCGAGGACGGAGUGAACGUGAUCUCGCUUUCCGUCGGCGCCACCGGCUACGCGCCGCAAUACGACCACGAUUCCAUCGCGAUCGGAGCUUACGCGGCGACGGAGCAAGGAAUCGUCGUGUCCUGCUCCGCCGGAAACUCAGGACCUGGCGCAUACACCUCAGUCAACAUCGCGCCAUGGAUUUUGACCGUCGGAGCUUCGACGCUCGAUCGUGAGUUCCCCGCCGAUGUCGUUCUCGGCGAUGGCAGAGUGUACGGAGGUGUCUCGCUCUACUCCGGCGAUCCGCUCGGCGACGCCAUGCUUCCGUUGGUUUACAGCAAGGAUUGCGGAAGCCAGUACUGCUACACCGGCAAGCUCGAUUCGUCGAAAGUCGCCGGAAAAAUCGUGAUCUGCGAUCGCGGCGGCAAUGCAAGGGUGGAGAAAGGAGAAGCCGUCCACGCCGCUGGCGGAGCCGGAAUGAUCAUGGCGAAUCUAGACGAUUCAGGCGAGGAGCUCCUCGCCGACGCUCACUUUAUCCCGGCCACAAUGGUCGGAGCUUCCGCCGGGGACAAAAUCCGAGCCUACGUGAGCUCAGAUCCAAAUCCAACGGCGACGAUUAUAUUCAAGGGAACGGUUAUCAGCACCUCACCGUCGGCUCCACGCGUGGCUGCAUUUUCCAGCCGCGGCCCGAGCUACCGCACCGCCGAGAUUCUGAAGCCGGACGUCAUCGCCCCCGGCGUCAACAUCCUCGCCGGCUGGACGGACUACAUCGGCCCGACUGAUAUCGAAAUCGACACGAGGAGAGUCGAAUUCAACAUCAUCUCGGGCACAUCGAUGUCGUGCCCCCACGUCAGCGGCCUGGCGGCGCUGCUGCGGAAGGCGUAUCCGGCGUGGACGCCGGCGGCGAUCAAGUCGGCGUUGAUGACCACAGCUUACAACAUUGAUAACACCGGGAAAAAUAUAUCCGACCUCGCCACCGGUGAUGAGUCCAACGCCUAUAUCCACGGGUCGGGUCACGUCGACCCGAACCGGUCGCUGGAUCCGGGUCUGGUUUACGAUUUGGAAAUGGCGGAUUAUUUAGGGUUUCUAUGCACAAUUGGAUACGAUUCGAGGAGAAUUUCCGUGUUUUCGAAAGAUGCUUCUUCAUUAGAUUGUGAUAAAUCGGGAUUCAAUAAUCCCGGGAAUUUGAACUACCCUUCGUUCUCGGUAGUUUUCAGCGGUGGCGGUGGCACGGUGACGUACAAGAGAACGGUUAAAAACGUGGGGAAGGCGGCGGACGCGGUGUACGAGGUGGGGGUGGCGGCGCCGCCUGGGGUGGAGGUGAGUGUGUCGCCGAGUAAGCUGGUGUUCAGUGAGAAGGAAGGCGCGUUGUCGUAUGAAGUAACGUUCAAGAGUGCCGGCGCUGCGGACGCCGACGGAUUCGCGGUCGUGGAUGGCGCCAAAUCAUCGUUCGGGUGGCUGGAGUGGAGCGACGGUGGCGGCCACAGCGUGAGGAGCCAGAUCGCGGUGCUUUGGAAGCAGAGUGGUGGAACGGCGGCGGUGGCGGCGAUGUGAAGUUGGUGGCGCCGGAGAGGGGCUUUCUUGAUUGAAAGGGCGGCGUUGGAAGUGAAGGUUUUGGCCUUUGCUCAUCGGUAGGAAGAAGUUUGUGCUGUAUUGUAGUUGAUCUUGUGUGUAAAGUCAUAUAAUAACACUAUUGGCGAUUUGAAGCUUUUCCUUAAUUUA